CAGAAAUAAAACGCACUUUUCAUCUUGUCUUUACCGAGACAAGACGUGCGUCAACGGUUGCUCUCCGGAACGAAAAAAAGUUUCUUCUGUGUCCCCCGACCCGGCCUCCCCCAGUGAAAAACCCGCUCGGAAUCGUCCCCCACAGUGCCAGUUGUCUCUAGCCGGUGAUCCGUAAGGAACUUUUUUGUGCAUAAACCCAGGUUUGCCUCGUUUGUGGGCAUUUUAAACCGUAAAAAUUGAGCCUACUGCUAACUACGGAACCAUGCCGGAUUGGAGGGAACGCGACGAUUCGGAGCGUAGCGGAGGCUACGGCGGGGGCAGUUCCGGUUACGACCGGGAGCGCCGUGAUUACCGCAGUGGAGGCGCUGGCGGCGGAUACGGAAGCGGCGGCGGCGGUGGUGGCGGCUACCGUUCCGGUGGCGGAUCUGGCGGCGGUGGCGGCUAUGGAGGUGGCCGCGAGGGCGGAUACCGCUCGGGCGGUGGCCCCGGAGGUGGUGGCGGUGGAUUCCGCAAUGGCGGCGGUGCCGGCGGCCCGCCACGAGGACCCCCGAGGAUAGACCCGGCCACGGCCAAGACGGAAACGUUCGAGGUUGACGCCGACAAGGUCAAAUUCAUCAUCGGCCGCGGAGGCAACAAGAUUCGCGAGAUCCAGGACCGUUGCCGGGUGUCGGUGCAAAUAGACAAGCAGCGCAACGAGAACGGCCAGAACAACAUCUCGGUGAUGGGCGACCAGUCCAAUAUCGAUCGGGCGCGCGACAUGAUUGACCGAAUCAUCAACGACGACCGCGACCGGGAGGAGCACCGACGCGACUAGGUUUGUCUCUAGAUUUUAAGUAACUUUGCGCCGUUGAGCCGAAGAGGGACAAAAGUUAAGAAACAAACUAAAACAGUAAAAACUCACAAUUAAUAAAACAAAACAAAAAAAAAACUUAAAUAAGGACCGUUUAAACAGUGCAGCAAAGAGAAAGUAACGUGAGUCGAGUAACGUUCACACACAGACAAAAACAAAACAGCAAACCGUAAAAAAAACUGAACCGCGAACAGAAAAACAAAAGCAGAAUUAGGGAGAUUUGCAUUUAUGAUUUUUUUUUAUUAUCCUGAUCGUGUUUCGUCAGAGAGACAGACUGUACCGUACACCGUGUAGUAGCAGAAAGGCAGACCGUUGAACACAGAAAAUGGAAAUGGAAGUGUAAGAGGAGAUAGAGGGAACGAACCGCUUCCAGGGAGCACUUCCACAGAUUCGCACGCGCGGGCGUACAGACACACAAACACACACACACUCACACAUACGCUAGAGAACCAAGAACGUCGUAGCUGAGAGAGAAACGCGUAAAGUAUAAUCACUAGUAAAAGCAACAAAAAAGUAAACUCUUACCAACUCACCAACUGUGUGAUGUCCGUCGAUAUAAAUUACCUGAAAAAUUUAAUUUGUAUUUUACACCGCGCGCGCUUUGAUCGUCCACACACAGCUUAAAACCGUGACACCGUGAAAAAGAGCGAAACACAGUAAAAUGGGAAAAGAAAAAUACAUGGGAAAAACCGCGAAAACACAGCAGAACACUUUUCGGGCGUGUGGGGCCGAAGUCAGGUGAUAAAAUGUAAAUAGAUUUUUAGAAAUUUAUAUUUCUAAGACUACAUAAAGACUUGAUCGAUUCCGCUGACUAAGACUACUCAGAGACUAGGGACAGCAGCAUUAAAAAAGAGAGUACCCAACAGCAAAAGGAACAACAACAGCAGCAGCAAAGUAAAACAGUAAAAUGAACAAAACCAUUCUAACCUAACCAGCAGCCGAAACAAAAAAAAAGCUAAAACGUACCGAUGGAACACAGAGGAGAGCAAACCGAAUGUUUUGAAGGAAGGAAUGAGGCAAGCGUAAAUGAAGUGAAAACACAGACACACAGACAGUCACACAGGAGUAACAAAAAAAGUUGACGUGAAAUACAAAUGUUCAUUUUUUACUUUUAAGCAGUUGGAAAACAUUAAAGCUGAAACUGGUCGAAAUAACUAA